AUGACAUUGCAGCACAAAAUGGAAGCCGUGGUGGACUGGGAACAUUCUGUUUCAAGCCUGAUUGUUCAUUACACGCAACAGUUUACCAGGGAGUUGCGACUGACUUUUACUGCACUUGGAUAUGAGAAUGCCCCUGAGCGGUUUCUACAGCAGCCCCAUGACAGACCAGCUAUGGAAGCACUACCGGAGGCUGAUACUGUAGCACCUCAAUCCUCAACUCUCUAUGCCAUAGCAGCACCACAGUCUCUAACUGCUUACCCUGUAAGUAUGGGAAAAGGACCGCUUGUAAGCGUGCGCAAAGUACCUACAGCUGCCCAGUAUAAGACGGAACAUCCAGAUGAUUUGUUUCCCUCGCUAUUGACUCAAGCGUCCAUUGCAUUGCUACCCAGACAACUAAAAGGGGAUGCAGAAAGCUGUAUAAAAUGCCCAGAUGAUCAGUGGCCCAAUUAUAAGAAAAUUAUGUGCCUCCCAAAGACAGUGGAAUUCCUUUCAUUUGAUGACACAUUAGGGAAAGUCUUCAGUUCAAUCUCCAUCUUCUCCUGUAUUGUAACUGUUACUGUUGUUUGGAUUUUCAUUAGGCAUCACACAACUUCUGUAGUAAAAGCCAACAACCGGAACCUCAGCUACACCCUCCUCCUCUCCCUAAUUUUGUCUUUCCUCUGCUCCUUACUGUUCAUUGGACGUCCUGUGCAGGUGACCUGCCUACUCAGACUAAUUGCUUUUGGCAUCAUAUUUACUGUUUCUGUCUCUUCUGUGCUGGAAAAAUCAGUCACUGUUGUUAUCGCCUUCAAUGCCACCAAACCUGGCAGCAAAUUAAAUAAAUGGGUGGGAUCCCGAGUGUCCAUCUGUCUGGUCUUUCUCUGCUCUCUAGGUAAGACUAUGAUCUGCACGCUGUUGUUGGCUCUUUACCCACUAUAUCCAGACAUUGACACUCAGUCUUACAUUGAGAAAAUCAUAUUACAAUGUAACGAGGGCUCUAUCACUGCAUUCUAUCUUGUGAUAGGCUACAUAGGAUUCCUUUCUACAGUUAGUUUCAUUGUGGCUUUCCUGGUUAGAAAUUUACCUGCUAGUUUUAAUGAGGCCCAGAUGAUCACAUUCAGCAUGCUGGUGUUCUGCAGUGUUUGGAUCUCUUUCAUCCCAGCGUACCUGAGCACCAAGGGCAAAUACAUUGUAGCUGUAGAGAUAUUUGCUAUCCUGGCUUCUAGUGCAGGACUGCUGAGCUGUAUAUUCAUGCCAAAGUGCUAUAUUUAUACUAUUUAA